CCUUUUUAUUAUUUCAAUCCCUUGAAUUCGCAUUCUCAGAGAGAGAGAAAAGUCUUUGUUUCUUCACUUGCUCACAAAGCCGCAACUGCUACUGUGUACCCAAUCUGAACCCAACGAAAUGGGGGGGCAGAAUCUUUCCCCAAAGGAAAGGAGUAGAGAUUGGAUUGGAGUUCUUAUGAACAGCUGCUUUGGUUAUUGCCAUUAUCACCAUGACCUUCGAUCUAAUGAGAUGAAUGUGUUCUGCGUAGACUGUGCACUUAGGAUGUGUAGGCACUGUAAGGAAGCUCAUUCCCUACAUAGAAGGUUUCAGAUUUACAAAUAUUCCUACCAGGAUGUCUUCCGCCAUGCCGAGCUGCAGAAGUAUUUUGAUUGCUCCAAAAUUCAGACUUACAUAUCCAAUAAUGAAAGGAUUGUGCAUCUCAAACCUCGGCCUUCAAUCACCAAAUCUAAAUCUGCUGAUCUAAGCCCCGACUCUAAAUCCAAAGAAACCGGCAUAGCAACAAGACCAAAGUCAGGUGGCACCUGUGAAGAAUGUGGAAAACACUUACAAGAUGAGCGUAAUCGCUUCUGCUCCAUUACAUGCAAGAUCUCAGUGCAUCCAGUGGAGACCCAAAACCAAUUUCAAAGUCAAUGUUCACAAAACCACCAAAGUGCUAGAGGCAUCAUCACUCCAAAACCUCAAGGCAUUGACUUUACAAUGAAUGAUAACCAUAAUUCAGAACCGGAGUCAUCUAUCUCUGAAGCUGAGCCAUAUGGGUGGGUUGAAGUUGUGAAUUUCAGAAAGCGUCCUAGGAAAAGUAUCCCGCAGAGGCCUGUCUUUGUUUUCACGUCUUAGAAGAUAUCAUUACUCUAAUGGUUUAUUUCAUUUCUUCUCCUAUUUUUUUUUUUUAUAACUUUACAUUUUUAAAGAAUAAGAUUUCUUGAACAUUUGAGGGAAGCUCAACCCCAUUUUGGGAUUUAAGUAUAUAUAACUUGGGAGUUUGAGGUUCAGUUGCUUUUAGCAAAGUAACUAGCGAAGCUUGUAUAGCACAAGGGUAAUGGUACUAAGUAUUAACACACCUCCGACACUACUUAAUAUCUGUAUAGUUUUCAGCA